AUGGUCUUAUUUGCCAGUGGAGUCUUUUGCAUCUUGAUCGCCACUCUACGCGCUGCCAAUGUCACUGCACAGACUAUCAGGACUGGCAAGACGAUGGAUGGUACAUGGCUUGCAGUAUGGAGUAUGGCCGAGACAGCUGUUGCCGUUUUGAUCGGGCUUUGCCCCUCCUUUGCCGUCCUCAUCAACGCGAACCGCAGAACGACUCACGAAGUCCGUGGAUGGAGCUCCAAUCUGCGCACCAUGGGCAGUGCUUCAACACAUCCCAAACCCAAGGCACCGACUGAGUUGGAUACGUUUUGGACAAACAUACACGGCAGUGAGGAAGAGCUAGCAGGGAAACAAGAUAGUGCCUCUCUCACUACGACAGUCGACCAAAGUGAAGAGGGCCUGGGCAUGGCUAGAUGA